GCAAAGCGAUCGGGCGGUACAUCCCUCCCAGAGCGCGCCGCGUCUUGCCUCUGCUCGACUUAAGUAACGGGGUGCGUAUGCGCACUCGACGUCCGCGGCCCGUAAGAGGCUUAAGUACGAUAGUCGACUAUUUCGCGAUGAUCAUUAUUACCUCCUCCCCCCACCCCUCGAAACGGGAGCGCUUUUGAGCGCGCAAGAAAGCGCUCGCUCGCCGAUCGCGCGCCGGCCCUACUGAAUCGCGUAGCAGUGCACUAGCUGACGGUUGAUAGUGGUUGAUAACACCCGAUAAUGACAACAAAGCCCGAUUAUCAGCGUACGUACGCAGUGGAAGGCUACACCGAAGAGCCUGAUCAUUACAGUCCCACCUCUAAGCAAGAAGGGGCGGAACUGUCGCCCCACUCAAGAUCAACAACGCCCCUGGAGUGUCUCUCCUACACAGACAACCAGGAAUCAGGCAAUUAUAACCCAUCAACCAUGAGAGCUGACGACUAUCUGCUCUAUCCUAGGAUAGAUGAGGUACAAAUUGAGGACCAGAAUCCUCAGUACCUACAGGUGUUAGACAGUGUUCAAGGUUCUCCAACAAAUGGAAGUGGAAGUCCUAGUCCAGGAUCUCCCAACAGAACUGCAGGCUUUACUCAUCUUAAUACUCUUUCACCAGAAGAACAACAAGCAGGGAUGGAAAGCCCUCAACUGACUCAAUUAUCCACUCAUAUUAGUUAUACCGGAAAUAUUGAUAACAACACCGUCGGAAACUUAUCCAACCCUCUGUAUUCGCGUCAAGUUGCAACCUAUUCGACGAUGCCUUACUAUAACAAUACAGCAUCUCCCGAUCUAGUUUCACCAACGAACACACAAUGUUGGUCCAAUUCUGGUCAGUCCACGCCAACGUUACAAUUGACUGAAGAUUAUCCAAAAGUAUCUUCAUCCUCGGGUAACGGAGGAUCAAACCCUCUUCCUGCAUUUAACAGAUUACCAACCGCGUACCAUACACCAACUCAUGCAGGCCGAUUUCAACCCUAUUCUUUCCCGAGUAGGGACACCGCUACCAAUUAUGCAGAUUGGCAAUAUGCGGAAACAACAAACAGCCUUCCCUAUGGAAUUAUGAACACUCCAACCAUUCAAAGGGGUCGACAAGUGGCCCAUAAUGUUGCGCUUUCUGCAUCUGCAUCGUUAACUGCAAUGGCGGCGGAGCCGGGGCACGGGAGUGUUGCCGAUUACUGCAGGAACUACUACGGGUAUAAUGGGGCCACUCGCGGCCCAUUGGCCAAUCGCGGCCCUCUGAACGUCACUGAGGAAAAAUCCAGCCGUCGCUUGUCUGCUUCUAGACGUGUUGGGAUGAUGUGUGCGAAUUGUACCACAAAGACAACCUCGUUAUGGAGGCGGAAUGGCCACGGGGAGACAGUUUGUAACGCCUGUGGUCUGUACUAUAAGUUGCACGGGAUUGAGAGACCCAAGUCGAUGAAAAAGGAAAAUAUUCAGACACGUAAGCGUAAACAGAAAGGGAUGAAGGAUGUAAACACUAAUGGAACACCGCUGAAGAACUCUGGUAUCACCUUAAAACAGGAGUUAGAUAGCAGUAGUGACUUUCCGACCGACUUCAGGUCCAUCGUUUGCUACAACCGUUUUCACGAUACGUCAACUAACAGAACAAACUACGAUGUCUAUGAUAGCAACCAGAAUCAAAAAAUACCCCAAUAUCCGGCCGUUUCGCAACAUUCCCCUCAAAUAUCGCCCUAUUACGACAUUCUCCCUCACAACAGUCCGAGUCCUCCGUCUAAGACUUCAUCGAAACGCUUUGUGGCUAACAUCUAA